AUGGCUCCAAUUACAGUGUCUCCGAGGCUAUCAAGGAUACCCCUCGUCUGCCUCGCCUUUCUGUUCAUCACAACUACACAAGCGUCCGCUCUCUUCCUACGACAGGCAGAAACAUGUGCAGGGAAGUCCGAUCUUCAACAGUGCGGAAGUGACUUUCCCUCAUCCUUCUGCUGCCCCAAGGAUUCUACCUGCAUGGGCCUCAACAGCGGCUCUGUAAAAUCCGUCAUCUGCUGCCCUGCCGGCUCAGACUGUUCCUACAUCCAGCCCACCACCUGCGAUGUUACCCAGCUCAACGCCACUCUCCACCCCGAUAACCAGAUGCACCUGUCCAAGACAGAAGGCAUUGAGCUACCCAAGUGUGGCGACAAGUGUUGUACCCUGGGCUACACAUGUCAAAGCAACAUGUGCGCCAAAGACACUUCGCCCAAACCAUCCCCCUCCAGUCCCUCCACAGCAACACCUUCAUCCACUUCCCCGGCCUCUGCCUCCCAAACCUCAGACUGCCCCGCCUCUUCCCCCGUAGAAACAAAGCGCUCUUUCAGCGUCCGCUCCUUUGUUGCAGGCUUCUUCCCCGGCCUCAUCGUUGGCGCCCUAAGCACCCUCGCUCUCCUCUGGGUCAUCAGGAAGCGCCGCGAAACGCAAGCCAAAAGCCGAUACUCGGGAGACUUUGGCCAUGUUGCGCGCCAGAUCAGCGAUCCCAUCUACGAUCCGCAGCACGCCGCACGUACCGACUUUAUGCGAAGGGGAAGUCGGUCUGCCAGGUCGUCACCAAAUACCAUCAACAAGGUGGUGCAGGGCAUGAAGGAAACCAACAACAACACUGCAGCCCACGGCUUCACCCCCAGGAUAAAAAGCAUGUGGGAGCGCACUCCCAAGCUAAACUUUGGCUUUACAGCUAGUCUACCCGCGAACCCCGCGCCGCCAGCCGUCCGCGCCGGAAACCCCUACAACGAUCCGUAUCAAACGCCGCCGCCGAAACCCAAACGCAUUCAUUCAGCGCGCCGCACCAGCUCAAGACGCACCAGCGCCCUACCUCCACACGUCCAAGUCCGUCCAAGUGCCGUGCGUACAACCAGCUCGGAAACAAUCGACGUGCUCAUGCCCUCUUCGGCCGCUGCUACUAGUGGUAACGCCGUAUACCCUGCAAACCACAGCAACGACUCUGGCUUCCUGCAGCCCCCACAAGCUCCUGGUAUGCGGGGCGCAAAUCGAUAUACGGCUGACUCUGCGCACACGACUUUUACAAAGUUGAUGGAGCGCGCGGGGUUUGACGAGGGACCGAGGCAGGAAGUAAGGGAUUGGAGGACUCCUAGAGUCUGAUCUUCUUCUUUUGCUGUCUUGUCCUGUCUUUUUCUUCUUUUUUGUCUUGUUUUACAAGCUCUUCUUUUUUCUCUUCUUCUUCUUCUUCUUCUUCCUGGUACAUAUUUUUUCUCCUUCUCUUUGUUAUCUCUCACUCUCUUUUUUCGUUUUCUCUCGCUUACAUCCAUCCAUUCACUCAUUCAUCACUCUUUACGUUCCUUUUUUUUUCAGCGCUGGCGUUUGCGACAAAAACCCUUUUCUCUCUC